AUGAAGAUCGCACUGUUCUUUGUGGGAGUAUUCGCACUUUCUAGUGCUCUUCCGGAGAAUGCCGACUUAGUGAAGAUUGAUCCUUCUCUUAGCAAAUACGUCAUUGUUAAUUCUCCCCUGAGACUCGCUGAUGAAAUUCUUCGACUUUACGAAUCGCACCCCGGCAAGAAAGAAAAUGACGGGGUAGUAAUCAUCCAUGACUGCCCACAUUGCCAGAACAAUGGGGGAGACUGUUCGAGCUCCAGCAGCUCCAGCAGUUCUUCUGAAGAAAUCGUCAUCAUUGAAGAAAGUUCCAGCUCAAGCUCCAGCAGUUCAUCUGAGGAAAUUAUUGAGGUCAUCAUUGACGACAGUUCCAGUUCUAGCAGCUCUUCCGAAGAAAUCGUCAUUAUUGAAGAAAGUUCCAGCUCAAGCUCUAGCAGCUCUUCUGAGGAAAUCAUUGAGGUCAUCAUUGAAGAAAGUUCCAGCUCAAGCUCCAGCAGCUCUUCUGAGGAAAUCAUUGAAGUCAUCAUUGAAGAAAGUUCCAGUUCUAGCAGCUCUUCCGAAGAAAUCGUCAUCAUUGAAGAAAGUUCCAGCUCAAGCUCUAGCAGCUCGUCUGAGGAAAUCAUUGAAGUCAUUAUUGAGGACAGUUCCAGUUCUAGCAGCUCUUCCGAAGAAAUCGUCAUCAUUGAAGAAAGUUCCAGCUCAAGCUCCAGCAGUUCGUCAGAAGAAACGGUAAUCAUCAUUGAGGAUUCGAGUUCUAGCUCUAGCAGUUCUGAAGAAAUCAUUAUCCAAGAGAGUUCUAGUUCUGAGUCUUCCGAAGAAGAGAAUACGAUUGUCCUCGUGGAUUGCGGUGACCAUGAAGUAUCUUCUUCGUCUUCCUCAGAGGAAAUAAUCAUAGUCAUCGAAAACAGCAGCUCCAGUUCAAGCUCAGAGGAAGUCGUAAUAGUGGAUGACUCUAGUUCAGAAAGUGAAGAGAAGCGUACUCUGAUCAUUGUCGUAGAAUGCGGAGACGAAGUAUCUUCUGUGUCAUCUUCAUCAUCUGAGGAGAUCGUCAUAAUCCAAGACUCUAGCAGUUCGAGUUCAUCCUCAUCAUCUGAAGAGAUCGUCAUUGUGGAUCACAGCUCUAGCAGCUCUAGUUCAUCAUCGGAGGAAAUCGUCAUUGUGGAUCACAGCUCUAGCUCUUCGUGUUCUUGCUAA